AUGCGACAGCAAGCAUCAUUAAACGUCAACACGACCAAGCUAUAGUGUGGAGGGGAGGGACAUGUUUAUGGUGUAAAGAACCCGUCUGUACACAUCACAGUACUAAAGUAUGGAGGAGUACGAACCUCUUCUCGACUCUGGAAUAGAGAGUGCCAUGGGUGAAGACUCGGGCAAAGAUGCAAGUACGAAUCUCCCAUUGGCGAUUUAUCUGUUGGCAGCUUUCAGUGCCCUAGGUGGUUUCCUCUUUGGCUAUGACACUGGUGUUGUGUCAGGUGCUAUGAUCCUCAUUAGGGAGGAGUUUGAGUUAAACACAAUAUGGCAUGAAGUUAUUGUUUCUGCAACUAUUGCAGCAGCCUGGCUCUCAGCACUGAUUGCUGGGCCUGCUACAGAUUACUUUGGUCGCCGUCCUGUGAUUCUGAGUGCCAGUCUGGUGUUUGCGGUAGGUGCAGUGGUCAUGGGUGCUGCGCAAGAAAAGAUUAUGCUUCUGAUUGGUCGAAUUAUUGUUGGCAUUGGCAUUGGUUUUGCUUCAAUGUCUGUACCGGUGUACUUGAGUGAAUCAUCACCAGUAGAGCUGCGUGGACGUAUGACCGUCACUAACACUCUUUUCAUCACCGGUGGCCAGACUGUUGCAAGCAUAAUUUGUGGUGCAUUCUCAACUGUUACUGAAGGAUGGAGGUACAUGCUUGGGCUCGCAGGGCUGCCAGCUGUGAUGCAGCUUGUGGGUUUUUCUUUCUUACCUGAAAGUCCACGUUGGCUGGUUGCUCAGGGCAGGAUAAGGGAGGCUCGUGAUGUGCUGCGGAAGAUAAGAUGUGAAAGUGCAGACCUUGAUACAGAGUUAGAUGCAAUCAAAGAGGCUGUAUCUGGCAGCUCUCAUGAGGGAGGAAUAAAACAGAUACUGAAGUCACGUCCUGUACGUCGCGCAUUAUUGCUUGGUUGUCUUCUUCAGCUCUUCCAGCAGAUCUCUGGUAUCAACACUGUCAUGUACUACAGUGCUUCCAUCAUCACAAUGGCAGGUGUGUCAGAUAAAUCUCUUGCAAUUUGGUUAGCUGCAGCCACAUCAUCAAUGAAUUUUUUGGGUACAUUCAUUGGGCUGUGGCUUGUUGAACGACUGGGUCGCCGGCCUCUCACCUUGGGAUCGCUUUUUGGGACAAUGGUAUCUUUGCUCUUGCUGGCUUUAAGUUUUCAGAUGGCUUACAAUGACAGCCCAAAUGUUUCAGUGCCAAGCACCGUUCCAGACUGCCAAGCUGAUACUUGUGGAGUGUGCACUAGCCAGUCUGCCUGUGGGUUCUGCUAUGUUGGUGAUAACUCCAACAUUACCAGCUCAUUCUGUGUUGCUGCUGAUCAUGCAUCCUACAAUGAGAUGAGUACAUCAGGAUUAUGUGCAAAUUCCUCUUUACUAGACUCAGGAACAGUGACCUUCGCCUAUGACUGGUGCCCCUUCCAGUAUGCUUGGCUUUCCCUAAUGGGACUUGCACUCUACCUCCUGUGCUUCUCUCCGGGUAUGGGACCGAUGCCAUGGACCAUCAAUAGUGAGAUUUACCCAGGAUGGGCUCGAUCAUCGUGUACCAGCAUCACCACUGCUGUCAACUGGGCCUCCAAUCUACUUGUGUCGCUCACAUUCCUCACCCUCACAGAAGUAUUGCUUAAACAAGGUGCAUUCUACCUAUACAUGGGCUUGGCCGGACUUGGUUUUGUAAUUUUGUUCCUCCUGUUGCCCGAGACUCGUGGUAUUCCAUUGGAAAAUAUGGAGAAACUGUUUUCUGGCUCAGUAUUUCAUAUAUCAAGGUGGUGACAUUUAGAGACAACAGGUAAUCUGAGGCACAUUUCUUCAUUUUAGAUGUUGUAAGUUACAAUGCUCAGACUUUUCUAUUAAUGCAGAGAUGAGUCAAGAUCUCAAAAUAUAUUGUGAUAUUUUACCAUUCCAGUUCUUAAUAGUUCAUAUAGUUCAUUGAAUAUGAUAAUAUUCAAAAUGUAAUCCUGGGUACAUUCAGCUUUCAGGAAAAGCAGAUACAAAAGUUUUUAAUUAAGACCUCAUAACUUAGAUUUCAUCCUCACUGAUACUGAUAUAAAACAACAAAUAUAUGAUAUAGGUAUUAGAUAUAUCUCAAAACUAACUUUUCUGAGCAUUGCCUACUCAGUUGCUCUUCUCACUGCUUUGGGUUAUCCAGGUUAAUCAGCUAUACAACACUCCCAGGUUAAAGGUAGCACACCAGGCUCUGGUUGACUUUGUGCCCCAUCUUAAACUAACUUUUUAAGAUUGUCUUGUCUCAGUCCAGGGGCAGGAAGACAAUGGUGAGGAUAGGGAGAUAAUUAUCAGGGGAAAGCACAGAGCCAUUACGACUACUGUAUAUAACACUUGGAACGGGUCAGGAAAAGAUUUUGGGAUUGGUUGUUCUAAUUGUCCAAAGCUACCCAAAGCUUCCUAGCAUUACAUAAGUAAUGAAGAAAUAUGAUAUAUUUACUCAUUACAUUGUUGGUGUUGAAUGUAGAACAUGAAAAAACAUUUUUACUCUGAAAUAAUAUAAAUUUAUAUUAACGAAAUUAGACGAAACUAAGUGGCAUGAGAGGCCAUAGGAAGUCGAUGAUCGAAGCGACAAUGUUGUGGAGUGACUUAUCCAAGAUGAACAAAUUAUUCAAGAUGCUGUAUAUUGUUGCCUAGAGGUUGUAUUAAGUUAUGUUUGGAUAGGUUAGGUUGGUACAGGAGGCUCACAUGCCAGCAAACAUUGUCGCUUGGACCGUCCACUUGCUUUGGCGUCGCCAGCUUCAUAUUUUCGUCAUAAAGUGAUACUUUUUCAGAGUAAAAAUAUGUUUUUCAUUCAGCACAAACAUUAUAAUGAAUAAAUAUAUCAUUUAUUCAUUACUAAUGUAAUGCUAGGAAGCUUUGUAUAGCAUUGAGUAAGUUUGGGUAGC